AUGGAUGGUUUUAUGAUCACUUCACGUGUUGAACAAGUGUUGGCUGGGCACAAACGAAGUGAUAAUGGUUUUACUUCAUUUCAAGUAUCUAAGGCAAUUGACAGGGUUCUCAAUGGGUGCGAGAUCAUAGUCUCAGAUAAUAAUGUAAGGGUAAGGAUACAAACUCUUAAAAAAGAGCAUGCUGAAGUUCACCAGUUGCUAAAUAUGAGCGAUUUUGGGUUGGAUACCGAAACUAGACGCAUUGUAGCUGAUGCCAUUGCUUGGGACAAUUUUAUUAAGGGAAAGCCAGAAUUUGGGAAGUAG